AUGAAGAUAUUCACAACGCUCAUUCUGGUGUCAAGAGAGAUGGCAAGGUGGUAUAUCAUGCUUCUUCUUGCUCUUGCUGUAGCUCAUACUACUGCUAGAGAUGUGCCCAGUGCCAAGAGUCUCAGUGAUCAAAAGAACGUCGUCUCCUUUGGUGGAGUCGGAGGCUACAGCGGCAUUGGCGGUGAUGGACUGCCUAUUGGUGGAGUAGCUGGUGGAGUUGGCGCAGGUGGAGGUCUUGGUGGGGUCAAUGGAAUUGGAGGCAUUGGUGGUGCAGUUGGGUUUGGUGGACUCGGCAGUGGCUUGGGUGGCGCUGGCGGCUUGGGAACUCUAGGUGGUGUCGGUGGUGGUGUUGGUGGCGGUGCUGGUGGUGGCACCGGUGUCCUUCCUUAUCCUUGA